AUGGAGGAUCAGACUGCAGUGGCCCUUACAACCAAGCAGCUUUGGCACAUGAGAAAUAAAUGGGUUUUCGAGUCUCAGUUCCUUUCCCCCCAACAAGUUACCAAGCAAGUUUCCACAAGCUUACCAGAGCUUCACAUGCUUAAGGGGGUCCAAGAAAAAAAGGUAUCUCUGGCCUCAUCCCCAUCUCAGUGGUGCAAACCUUUCUUCAAUCACUACAAAAUCAACUGGGAUGCAGCCAUCGAUAAAGUUCAUUGCAGGGUAGGUACAGGAGUGGUCAUUAGGGACUGGAAUGUUUGUGUCACUACCACCUUAAGAUCCACCUGUGCCUCCUUCCUUGACCCUUUGCUAGGGGAAGCCAUUGCAGCACUGAGAGCAGUUAAAUUCUGUGCUGAACUAGGCCUGAGAACUAUCAUCCUUGAAGGAGACUCAUUGAACGUGGUGAAUGCCAUCAAUGGAUAG